AUGCUAUCACUAAUCAUCUUCUCCAUAGUAUUCACUUCAUCAUCAUUAUCAUUAUUGCCCCCACAUCUAGAUGAGUUUUAUAAACCUCCUAAAAAUUAUAAUAGCACAAAAGUAGGAGAAAUCUUAAAAGUAAGACCGCCACCAGGUCCAAUUCGAUCAUACCUUGCUCCGAUUAAUGCAAUUGCAUGGCAAAUAUUAGUUAGAUCAGAAAACUCAAGAGGUGAACCAAACGUUAUAGUUAUGACUUUAUUAGAACCACCAGAUGCUAAUCCAAAAAGAAUCUUAUCUUAUCAACCUUUUGAAAAUGCUGCAAUUCUUGAUUGUUCACCUUCUUAUGCUUUAUUAUCUGGGUCUUUUGAUAUUUUUGAAACUCAAUGUGAUUUAACAUUCAUAUCCAUGGCAUUGUCUCAAAAUUGGAUAGUCAUAAUACCGGAUCAUGAAGGACCAAAUUCCGUUUUCCCGGUUGCUAAAGAAUCAGCAUUUGCAAUCUUAAAUUGUAUGAGAGCAGCAAAAACAUUCAUAAAUGAGGAUGCUAAAUUUGCAUUAAUCGGAUAUUCUGGAGGUGCUCACAGCUCAGCAUGGGCAACUAUAUAUCAUGAAUCAUAUGCACCUGAACUAGAAUUAGUUGGUGCAGCAUUGGGAGGAUUGUUUCCAAACAUAAGUGCAUUAUUAGAAAAUGUCAAUGGUGGACCAUAUGCUGGUUUAAUUGUCAACACUUUAAAUGGAUUGAGUAAUGAAUAUCCUGAAUUCAAAAAUGCACUACAUAAAUAUGGACCAACUUUAAAAAAUUAUUGUUUAUUUUCAUCAGCUGUACAUUAUUUUGGAACUCAUUUUAAUGAACAUAUAUAUAAGAAUUUUCUUUAUGAUGAAACAAUGAAAAAAUAUUAUUUAAAAAAUGAUUUAUUGGGACAAGAUAAAAAUCCAACUGUUCCUAUAUUUAUAUAUCAUUCAAAAAUUAAUGAAAUUGCCCCAAUUGAUGAAACUCAUAAAAUAAUAACUCAGUGGUGUAAAGCUGGAGUAACUUUGGAGUUUGCAGAAGACGCUAGUUAUAAUCAUAUGGUUGAAGCAUUUUCUGGAAUACCUGCUUCAAUACUUUGGUUAAAUGAUAGAUUUAAUGAUGAGCCAACUGAAUUUGAAGGAAAUUGUCAUUGGGAAAAAAGAGUUUCUAAUUUAUUAUACCCUGGAGUCCCUAAUUUUUUAAAGGAGUAUUUGAAAAUUUCUGCUAAGCAAUAUUUAUCCCAGUUACCAAUUAGAUGA